GAGGCCCGCGCCCGGCCUCGCCCGCCGCCCGCUCGCUACGCCCCCCGCAGCCCCUCGCCUCGCGGCGGCAGAUGUGCGUGGGGCCAGCCCACGGCGAGGACUAUGGUGAAAUUCCCGGCGCUCACGCACUACUGGCCCCUGAUCCGGUUCCUGGUGCCCCUGGGCAUCACCAACAUAGCCAUCGACUUCGGGGAGCAGGCCUUGAACCGGGGCAUCGCUGCCGUCAAGGAGGAUGCAGUGGAGAUGCUGGCCAGCUACGGGCUGGCGUAUUCACUGAUGAAGUUCUUCACGGGUCCCAUGAGUGACUUCAAAAACGUGGGCCUGGUGUUCGUGAACAGCAAGCGAGACAGGACCAAAGCUGUCCUGUGCAUGGUGGUGGCCGGAGCCAUCGCGGCUGUCUUUCACACUCUCAUAGCAUAUAGCGAUUUAGGCUACUACAUAAUCAAUAAGCUGCACCAUGUGGAUGAGUCGGUGGGGAGUAAGACAAGAAGGGCCUUCCUCUAUCUCGCUGCCUUCCCCUUCAUGGACGCCAUGGCGUGGACCCAUGCUGGCAUUCUCUUAAAACACAAGUACAGCUUCCUGGUGGGAUGUGCCUCCAUCUCAGAUGUCAUAGCUCAGGUUGUUUUCGUAGCCAUUUUGCUUCACAGCCACCUGGAAUGCCGGGAGCCGCUGCUCAUCCCCAUCCUCUCCCUGUACAUGGGCGCACUCGUGCGCUGCACCACCCUGUGCCUGGGCUACUACAGGAACAUCCACGACAUCAUCCCCGACAGCAGUGGGCCCGAGCUGGGGGGAGAUGCGACAGUCAGAAAGAUGCUGAGCUUCUGGUGGCCUCUGGCCCUGAUUUUGGCCACGCAGAGAAUCAGUAGGCCCAUUGUCAACCUCUUUGUGUCCCGGGACCUCGGUGGCAGUUCUGCAGCUACGGAGGCUGUGGCAAUUUUGACAGCCACAUACCCCGUGGGCCACAUGCCGUAUGGCUGGUUGACAGAAAUACGUGCUGUCUACCCUGCGUUUGACAAGAAUAACCCCAGCAACAAACUGGUGAACACAAGCAACACAGUCACCGCAGCUCACAUCAAGAGGUUCACGUUCGUGUGCAUGGCCUUGUCGCUGACGCUCUGUUUUGUGAUGUUCUGGACCCCCAACGUCUCCGAGAAGAUUCUGAUAGACAUCAUCGGAGUGGACUUCGCCUUCGCCGAGCUCUGCGUCGUUCCUCUGCGGAUCUUCUCCUUCUUCCCAGUUCCAGUCACCGUCAGGGCCCAUCUCACUGGGUGGCUGAUGACCCUGAAGAAAACCUUUGUCCUGGCACCCAGCUCCGUGCUGCGGAUCAUCGUGCUCAUCACCAGCCUCGUGGUCCUGCCCUACCUGGGGGUUCAUGGAGCCACACUAGGAGUGGGCUCCCUGCUGGCGGGCUUCGUGGGAGAGUCCACCAUGGUCGCCAUCGCAGCAUGCUAUGUCUACCGGAAGCAGAAAAAGAAGAUGGAGAAUGAGUCGGCCGUGGAGGGAGAAGACUCCGCCAUGACGGACAUGCCUCCCACUGAGGAGGUGACAGACGUCGUGGAAAUGAGAGGGGAGCGUGAAUGACUGCGGGACCCCGAGG